GCUCAACGUGCCGCGGGCACCGGGCGACGGGCAGGGGCCACCUAACACAAAGCCGCCCCAUCCUAGCACAGCACCAAGAUGGCCAAAUCAACCGGUUUCGGCCCCAAAAAGGCCUACCUCAUCCUUUACAAUGCCGCCUCCGCCGUCGCCUGGGCCACCAUCCUCGGCCGUGUCGCCGUCGUGCUCGGGUGGAAGGGUGCGCCCUUCGUACCGCUGGUGGUCGACAACUUUGCGCGCAUCACGCAGACCUUCGCCAUCAUGGAGGUCGUGCACGCUCUAACCGGCGUCGUCCCCGCCCCCGUCUUCACGACGGCGAUGCAGGUCGCGAGCCGGCUGUUCCUGAUGUGGGCCGUGUGCUUCCCGUUCCCGCAGCUCAACGUCAAUAUCUUCUACUCGACCAUGCUGUGCGCCUGGAGCUUGACCGAGGUCAUGCGCUACUCGUACUUUGCGCUCAAGCAGAUCAACGCCGUGCCCGCCUGGCUGCACUGGCUGCGCUACAGCGCCUUCCUGGUGCUAUACCCCGUCGGUAUCAGCAGCGAGGUCGCCAUGACCCUGGCCGCCAUGUGGGGGCCCGCCGCCGACCUCGCGUCCUGGUACCCCAUGGCGCUGACUGCCGUGUUGGCGGCUUAUGGUCCCGGCUCGGCUAUCCUCUACGCCCACAUGCUCAAGCAGCGGAGGAGAUAUCUUGGGACUGGCAAACCCGCCCAGAAGAAGAAGCAGUAGAGGACAUGGGGAGGGCGUGGAGUCAUCUUGAGAGGCGCUCCGAGGGUGCCGGAGGGACAUAAAGGCCCCAGGCCGCGUGAGAGCACACACGUAGAACA